GCCUGCCCGUCGGCGGGGUUUAUACAUGGGAGCGUCACUCCACUUUUCCCCUGCACUCUUUGCCUCAGUUUCCCCCUCCUUAACCUGGUGACCAGCCCUUCCUAACUCCCUCGAACCUGCCCAGGCGCUCCCUCUGCCUCACCUCCCCCACCCCGUUUCUCGGUGUACUGCUUUCUGCAGGGUUGCACGAACCCCAGAGGCGCAGGAAGAGAAGCCCCCAACCCCCGUCAUGCAGCGCCUCGGACCCUGGUCUCGGGAGGCCUGGGUCGCGCUGGCCCUUCAGCUCCUACGACCUGUCCGCGCCCCUUGCUCCGGGGCCACGCUGCUUUUCCGCCGGGUGCAAGGAAGCCUGGUGCAGCCUAGAGCGCGGGAGUUUGCAGAGGCCAGGUUGAAGACUCAGCUGGAAUCAGAUAAAGAGAAGUCCAAUUUUGUCAUCAAGACUCCCAAGGGUACCAGAGAUCUUAGCCCUCAACAGAUGGCUAUUCGAGAGAAAAUCCUUAAUGCUGUCAUCAGCUGCUUCAAGCGCCAUGGUGCGAAAGGACUGGACACUCCAGCUUUUGAACUUAAGGAAGUCCUAACAGAGAAGUAUGGAGAGGACUCCAAACUCAUCUAUGACCUGAAGGAUCAGGGUGGGGAACUACUGGCUCUUCGAUACGACCUCACAGUCCCAUUUGCUCGUUACCUGGCCAUGAAUAAGAUAAAGAAGAUGAAGCGCUAUCACAUUGGGAAGGUGUGGCGACGGGAGAGUCCCUCCAUAACCCAAGGUCGAUACCGAGAGUUCUGCCAAUGUGAUUUUGACAUUGCAGGUCAAUUUGAUCCCAUGAUUCCUGAUGCAGAGUGUUUAAAUAUCAUGUAUGAAAUCCUCAAUGCAUUGCAGUUGGGGGACUUCUUAAUUAAGGUGAAUGACAGGCGAAUUCUGGAUGGGAUAUUUGCUGUCUGUGGUGUCCCUGAUAACAAAUUCCGAUUUAUCUGUGCUUCAGUGGAUAAACUGGGCAAGAUGAGUUGGGAGGAUGUGAGACAAGAGAUGGUAGCAAAGAUAGGCCUGGCCCCUGAAGUGGCAGAUUGCAUCGGGAGUUACAUCCAGCAGCAUGGUGGAGUGUCCCUAGUGGAGCAGCUACUGCAGGAUCCCAAACUCUCACAGAACAAGCAGGCCCUUGAGGGAUUGGGGGACCUGAAACUGCUAUUUGAGUAUCUGACCUUAUUUGGUAUUACAGAGAAGAUCUCCUUUGACCUGAGCCUGGCCCGAGGACUGGACUACUAUACAGGAGUGAUCUAUGAAGCAGUGCUUCUUCAGACCCCAGCCCGACAGGGGGAGGAACCCCUUGGUGUGGGCAGUGUGGCUGCUGGAGGGCGAUAUGAUGGGCUUGUAGGCAUGUUUGACCCCAAGGGCCGCAAGGUGCCAUGUGUGGGGCUCAGCAUUGGGGUUGAAAGGAUCUUCUCCAUUGUGGAACAGAAGAUGGAGGCCACUAAGAAAAUUCAGGUGACAGAGACACAGGUCCUUGUGGCUACAGCACAAAAGAAUUUCCUUAAAGAACGGAUGAAACUAAUUGCAGAGCUCUGGGCUGCUGGCAUUAAGGCUGAGAUGCUGUAUAAGAAGAACCCCAGUUUCUUGACUCAGCUGCAUUACUGUGAAGAGACAGGCAUCCCCCUGGUGGCCAUCAUUGGGGAGCAAGAGCUAAAAGAUGGUGUCAUUAAGCUUCGUUCUGUGGCUAGCAGGGAGGAGGUGGACAUUAAACGAGAAAAUAUCAUAACUGAAAUCCAGAGGAGAAUGUACAAAUCCUGAUCUUUCCUGUUCUUCAUCUGCUACUUGUUCCAGUGGUGAAGAUCUAGUCUACUGUCGAGGCCCUAUCCAGUUUCAGAUUUGGGCUAGGGUAGACUGCACAUCCCUUCUACCUCUUUCCUGCAACUGCUCUUUGUUGGAGGUGGGGGAGUUUCAAUGGCACAUGGGCUCCUGAAUCCUCUGGCUUUAAAUCAGUGGUGUUUGGGAGGAAGCAGAGAUGGGGAUAGUGUCUUCUAUAAUAAGAAUGUCACAGUGACAACACAUGGGCAGUGCUAAGUUUAUACUAUCACUGACUGCAAACUGUUCUCUGAGCAGUCUUUGAGGGAGUUAAACUCUGAAGGAAUCCUGAAGUGUGAAGGAGUUCUUUCUGAGAUCAGAACUCAGACCCUCAGCUAAGGUCUGAACCAACCAGGAAAAAAGCUCGACUCUCCCAGAGAUAUCCUAAUAGCCUGUUACUGUCUUGCUUUGGGUGUUAUAAGGACACAGGAAGGAGGGAGGAGUGGAUGUCCUGAUUGAGUCCAAACUCAAGUGAGAUAAAAAAGGCAAGGUAUAGCUUCCUUCCUAGCUCUUCUCUCUUGUGCUAGGGAUAAGCAAAUGUUUAGCUUCAUCAUGGUUUUGCAUGUUGAAAUGAAAGGGUCACUUUAGCUCUUGGGGCUUCAGUUCCUUAUCUGUAAAAUGAAGAGGUUGAACCAGAUGACCUCGAAGGUGCCUUCCAGUUGUAACACGUAUGAAACAUGUCCCUUUGAACUAUAACAGCAAAAAGGAACCCUUGGCAAAGGUGAUGCUUUCUCCCCCUCCACUGAUACUAGGUAGACAACUAUCAUAUCAUUGUGAUUUUUUUCCUGGGCCAGAACAGCUGCUGUUACUAUCCUGUGGCUUGCCACAUGAGUAGCUAUUUGGAGAUGAUUUUAUAAUAUGUUAAAAGUAAUUAGUAUAGACUUUAUAAUUAGAAGCAUUUGGUUUACACUGGGUAUGAGGAGUGAUUUGGGUAUACAAAUCUGAGCCAUCUUUGAUUUGGGAAUAUAGCUUUUCUUUUACAUCUUCAGACAUUUUUGUCUGGAUCCUGUGAUUAGUUAUUCAGUUCUUGGGAAGGUGCUAAGUUCUGAGUGGCAUCCAGUGGUAGGCACUGAAGUAAACUAGCCUCCUCUGUCAUCACAACACAGGAGGAAAAGACCCAUGUACUUAAUAUGCUGGUGAUGCUGAAUGUUUGCAGCCUGUUUCUUUAUGUCUCCUUUUCUCCUGUGUUGGGAAUGUAUAACUAAAACUACAGAGUUCCUUAUGUUCAGAAGAUUAGUUCGGGCUUUUAGGAUUUACCGUUUCCCACCCCAUAGACCUCCUGCUUAAGAACUGUCCCCUCCAACUCUAGGCCCGCCUUUGGAAAAGAGUUAAUUAGCUGGCAUCGGACGACAUGGGAGUGGGGGGGGGGAGGUCGCUCCCCGUGGCUUCAGGCUCGGGAACAUGACGGGACCGGUCCCUUUCUGGGACUCUCUUCCCGAGCUGAAAUAAAAUGUCAGUCUCCGUGUUCCUUCCCGGACAUCCUGAUUCUGUUUAGUGCUGUGUGAGCCAGUCACCUCUCUGAGCUUGUUUCUACGUCUGUAAAACGAGAGUUGGGCUUGGUCUUUGAUUUUGUAAAAAGACAUUACAACAGUCAUUGCCGGAAAUAAAACGUUCUUACCUUCG